AUGCCGUAUGUGUACAGCAGCGCGGCGCGCGCACUGGCAAAUCGUACACUCGUGUCGGGACAGGACCGUGAAUUUGACACCGACCCAGAAGUAUGCUUCCACAUGGAUUCUGAGGUGGAAUACACAGUAGCCAGGCUUCCUUUGGAUGACAAACUCAUCCGGCGGCAAACAGCAGAAGACUCGGUGCUAGAGGAGGUGUUGCGCCACAUUCACCAAGGUAUUCAUCCACGAAGUGGCUGCUUAGGCUGGUGCAUGAGCUCUGGACAGCAGUUCUGUCACAGCCAGAGAGACUUUCACCUAUGCUGCGCCAAGGACUCAGCUGACUCCGUGGACAGCACACCACCUCCACAGCCCUGGGAUUGGAAUUGGCCGGGGCGCCGCAGGGCGGCGACACCGUGGUUCGCCGGCGCUCGGGCGCGCGCGCGCUCGCGCGUGUCGACAGUCAGUGGUCGCGCUGUCGCCGUGUCGGCCGAGCACGAGCGCGCACGUGCCGCGUGUCAACACGGGAGCCCGCGCUCUCACCAGAAUCUGAGCUGUGUUCACCGUACAACAGCAUCAGCCGUUGGAUUCAUUUUCGCAGAAAAUAGUGGUGCUCUGUCAUCAAGAGGGAACACGGGAGUCCGCCAGGAGCGGCGGCUGAUGCCCCACCGCCGCCGUGGACGACGCGAGCGCGGACCAGGGCACUGCGGCGGCGGCGGCUGCCGUGCCGCCUGCAGCAGCAGCAGCAGCGGGGGCGACCAGAGCGCGCCAGCGGCCAGGACAGUGGCGCCAGCAGCGCUGCAGACGCGCCGCGAGCUGCGCCGGCGCGCCUCCGCCUUCGAAGGCCGCCUCACUGUUGCAGCUGAGCGGGCAACGGACACGGGCCGCGCCAUGGCGCCGCCGCUGACGGCCGCCGGCGAGGCGGCGCUGCAGGCGUUCCAGCGGCGCAAGCUGAGCUUCCCGCUGCAGUCGGCGCACGCGCACCACAGCCACGUGGCGCUGCUCGCCGACCGCUCCGGAACCGCCGCCGCCUCUGUCGCCGGCGGCGGGGAGCUGUCGUCGCUGGCGCGGCGGCGCUUCAGCAACGUGAGCGACGUGGUGUCGCGCAAGCUGUCGCACACCAUCGGCUGGCUCAACGCGCCCGCCUGCGACAUCGUGGAGCAGGGCCGCGCCCUCUGCGCGCAUUACAUCCGCGCCCGCCUGCGCCGCUCCGGGCUCUCCACGCGCAGGUGCGGGCUGCAGCGGCUGCGCGGCUCGCCGGCGGCGGUGCGCGACGUGUUCCCAGAGCUGGCGAGCGUGGGCCGCGAGCUGGAGCGGCUGCACCCCAAGCUGUUCAGCGCGGUGGCGCGCCAGGCCAGCCCCUCGCCGGGAGGCGUGCUCGCCGGCGACAAGUCCGCCGGACUCAUCCUCACCGCCGUCGCCCGCGAGCUCUUCAAGAACGCCGACCAGGUGACGUGGGCCAAGGUGGUGUCGCUGUUCGCCGUGGCGGGCGGGCUGGCGGUGGACUGCGUGCGCCAGAACCACGCGGACUACAUGCAGGGCCUCACCGAGGCCAUGGCCGACGUGCUCGAGGAGGAGCUCGCGCCCUGGAUCGCCAGCAACGGCGGAUGGCAAGGUUUGCUGAACCACUACAAGCCCAGAACCAAUGAAGCUGCUGUAUCACGGUGUGUUAUACUUGUGGGAGCUGUAUCAGCAUUAAUAUUUCUACUUCUUUUCAUCAUACGGCUCUGCAGUUAGCAAUUUGAAGAAUUAAAUAUUCAGUAAUCUGAAGAGAAUUAAUGACCAGCUCUGUAAGAUCAGUGCAUAGUGUGUACCUCAGGGCAGUCUGUUCAGUCUGUUACAUUGUUGUUGUUAGUGAAUGAAAGGUAUUACUUUUACUCAUGAUAGACACUAUAUAUUUGGAAAAAAGAACUGAUAAGUACAAAAUAAGAUUCAACAAGAGUGAUAAACUUGUAAUAUUGAAAGGUGUUACUCGGUAAUUUAUAGUGAUGUAUAUACUGACAGAUAUCUUCCUACAAUAAGAUAAUCACACAAUACUUAAAUGUUACCAACAAUAUCAACUACUGUGUGGUACAAAAAAUACUGUGGGAAAAAAGCACAAACUAUCAAACUGAACCAACAUAAUUUAUGUCAGACCUUUCAUGCACCCACUGAAAAAUUUUGUACACAUAUUUAAAUACUGAUACAAAAAAUCUGGAGUCUGUUGGAUAGUAUUGGAUGAGAAAAGAUCUGAUAAGGAUUUUUAUUUCUUGAUUCUGUUGCAUCACAUUUAUUGCCAUACUCUGAAAUGUUGACUUUCCACACUGAUGAUUGUUGCCAUUAUAUUACACAUGUGUAUGGACUCAAAACAAUUCCACCAAUUUUGUUAAGUUCUUUUUUUAGUAUUUAAGUGUUAUUAUAAAAAAAAUCCAUUUGUCAACUGAAUUUAUUACCUUUGUUUUGUAACAGAAUCUUUAAUUUAAUGGAACUAAUUUUGUUUCUAUAAAAAUAAUCACCAAAAACCCUUCUUCCAUUAAUAUUUUAGCAAAAUAUUUGUUGAGUAUCACAAAUAUUCAACAUCGUUAUUAAGAUUAUUACAAUAAAUAUACAUUUUCUUUUUGUUCCAUAAAUCAUUAUUUCUGAAUGAUUACAAAUGGAAAACGUUAAGGGUUAUGCUGUGACUCACAAACACACUUGGACAAAUAAAAGUUGUACUUACUGA